UCGACAACCACAUUACAGGAAACACAACAUGGCACCAACAAGUGGAAGCCCAUCAUCCCACGCCCUGGGACCUGCCCUAGCCAAACGCGCCGCCCUCCUUGUCUCUACCACCACUCUCCUAACAACAACAACAACAACAACAACAACCCGGCGGGACCUCUCCCUCCAAUCCGACACCCAAAAAAUCACUCUCGGCAUCAUCUUCGCCUACAUGCUCGCCAUCUUCAUCCUCUGGAACGUGCCCUACAUCCGCUCCAUCCUCUGGCCCUUCAAGAUGCUCGUCAUCGCCUUCCACGAGUUCGGCCACGCCAUCACCUGCGUGCUCACCGGCGGCCGCGUCCUCUCCAUCAGCUUGGACCCGCGCGAGGGCGGGGUGACGCACAUGCAAGGUGGCCGGAGCGGACUAACCUUGCCGGCGGGGUAUUUGGGGAGUUCACUGAUCGGGGCGCUAUUGACGUUUUGCGGAUUCGAUAUCGUGGCGAGCAAGGUGGCUAGUUUUGUGGUGGGCGGGUGUUUUCUGUUGACGUUAUGGUGGGGGAGGAGGGAUUGGUUGACGAUCGGCACGAUCCUGGCGGCCGUUGGGUUGUUGGUCGGGUGUUGGUUUAUUGCGCAUGCGGAGGCGUUGAGGUAUGUGGUGCUGUUUAUUGGGGUCAUGAGUUCGUUGUAUAGUGUUUGGGAUAUUUGCGAUGAUUUGAUCUUGCGCAAAGUCAACAGCUCGGAUGCCAGUGUCUUUGCAAAGAGAUACGGAGGUUCUUCGCAGUGCUGGGGAGUCAUCUGGUCUAUUAUCUCGUUGGGCUUCAUGGCCUGUGGCAUCAUUGCCGGUAUUGCUGCGUUUCCGCAAACGAGGGCCCAGCAGCAGGAAGAUUCGCAGCAUUUCAUUCCGACCAAGUUCUGAUGAUGGAUUUAACGUCCCGGUGUGUUCGAGGGAAGGAAGCAUGUGUUGGUUGCACAAUUGGCGUUGGAUCAUUGAAACCUGGAAGUCAUGAUAUCAUGGAGGCAUGGACCCAGAAAGAGCCUGGUCAUGGAAGGUACGGUUGAAGACGUGGAGUUGAUGAUACCCGUUGGCUUUUGUUUAGGAUCAAUUGGAUGGAGGGUUGAACACAGCAAACAUUGUUCGUUUCGUGCAUAAAAACGUGCGGUAUUGACAAACUACUGCGUCUUAAUGGUUAUAACCCUCGUUUUA